CGCCUGGCCGGCUCGGCCCAAGGCAGCGGGGUCCUGGACAAGGAUGGUAAGAAGAAGCACUCGCGCCCGACUUUCUCGGGCCAGCAGAUCUUCGCGCUGGAGAAGACCUUUGAGCAGACCAAGUACCUGGCAGGCCCGGAGCGUGCACGGCUCGCCUACUCUCUGGGCAUGACUGAGAGCCAGGUGAAGGUGUGGUUCCAGAACCGCCGGACCAAGUGGCGCAAGAGGCAUGCCGCGGAGAUGGCAUCGGCCAAGAAGAAGCAAGACUCAGAUGCAGAGAAGCUGAAGGUGGGCGGCUCCGACGCAGAGGACGAUGACGAAUACAACCGGCCCCUGGACCCCAACUCGGACGACGAGAAGAUCACGAGGCUGCUCAAGAAGCACAAACCCUCGAACUUGGCGCUGGUCAGCCCGUGCGGCGGUGGCGCGGGGGACGCCAUGUGAGGACUCGACCAGGCCACAGAACCAGGGUACCGGGCGCGGCCCGAGCCCCGACGCCAGCUGCCUGCGCCGCAGUGUGUAUAUAUAUUUUUUACAGAAUAAGUUAUAAAGCGGCAGUGCUCGGGUGCGACGUGCGGGGUCAGGCUGCAUCCCUUCGCGUAGGCGUGGGGUGGGCGGAUCACUUUGUAUAAUCAAUAAAUUAUUUAACACGUCCGGGUCGGAGCCGCAGCUCCCCAGGCUGCACCGCGUGUUUUUUCCACAUCGAGCGAGAUGCCUGUGGGCAGCCCGUCCCCACCUGCAGCUGUCCGGUCUGUUCUCCCAGCCUGGUGCCUACAGUGCACGGCAGGAGCGCGCGAUGGAGACCUGGGGCCCCGUGUGCGCAUCCGGGUCUGAGGCUGCGGGCCCCGCGGCUCCUGGGAGGUCGGAUUCUCCCAGACCGGCAGGACUCGAGCCCGAGUACAGGGAGGGCGGCCCAGUCCGCAACCCUCGGGUGGCACGCAGACUGGAAGGAGCCGCGGCAAGAGGCGCUAGGCAGAGCGGCAAAGAUCCGGGCGCUCAGCAGGCGUGGCCCUGAGACAGGAACCAAGCAGUCACUUCCAAAGGCCUUCGGAAUGACCCACAGUUGAAGCCCACAGAUAGAAUCGCCGCGUGGUGGCCACGGUGUGGCUUGUUGACGAGCAGCGACCACAGCACUUAACAGAGAUACCGACCAGCGUAGCGUCAAGAACACAGGUCGGCACGCGGACACCAAAUGACUCGCGACAGUAGUGAUUUCUAUAGAAACAAACAUCGAUCUCAUGCUUUUGCAGUCCAGGAACUGUAGUGUUCUGAAGUAAAUCAAUAAAACGCACGCUUGUGUUUCGUCAA